AUGCUGGUGAAAAGCAAACCCGAGUGGCCACCAGCACUAUGUGAUCAAAAGCGAAGUUGUUGUUAUCCAACUACUGGAAAGCCAACACUUGACUUUGGCGUUCAUAGACUUUGGCCAAAUUACCACGAUGGCUCCUAUCCAUCAAGUUGUGAUAACACAAACCUCUAUGAUGAGACAGAGUUAUCGUCCAGUCCAGCAUCAAAUUAUUCUAUUAAGUCUCAAAACAAACACGUAGCAGGAAUUGAGCCAGGAGGCUUUUACAGCUUGGAAGUGAUCAAGGAAGCUGUAAAGAAUGGAACUGGACAUGAAGCAGCAAUAGAAUGCAAUAAGGAUGCACUUGGUAACAACUAA